CUUUGCAAGCGUGUGUCUUUGUUUGCGAUUGUGCUCUUAAUAAUUCAUCCAGUGGCCUCCGCGCCUUUGUUUUUAACGUUUCUUCGCUCCGCCGUUGACUUCGUUGGCCUUCUUUUGUGCGCGCGUGCAUGAGAAAAGGGACCAGAAGGACUGGUUCAGGGGUGCAUAUCAAAAGGGCGUUUCUAUUUACUUACGUGUUGCGAGACACAGCAACAACAUACAUGCUGUCACACACACACACAUGCAUAGUUGACCUUGUGCAUUCACAGGAAGUUAGUACGGCGUGGGGUGAGAAUGUGUGAAAUAUGUGUUGAACUGGACGUGGAGAGAGAUGCUGCUAAAGUGAGAGACUAUUACAUCACGUGUGUGUGUGUGUGUGCGGGCUGCAUGCUUGGGAGUCAAAUGACACAUCGCUCAACUAAUUAUCUUCACACACACACACACACACACACACACAUGCACAUACUUGCAUAUUAUUACACUCUCAAACUUGCAUGUUCUAGGAAACGCAAUGCGAGGAAAAUGUUCACGUGUUGAGCAACUCCGAAAGGUGUUUGCAGAAACUAACUUGCACACACACACACACACACACACACACAUGCAAUAUAACCUCUAAAUGUCUGCACAUUUUUCCACUGUGCCGUUUCGGAUGACAGCCUGGUGAAUUGGUGUUGCGUUGCGCAAAUACGCACACACAGACACACAUGCUGUGAUGGAUGUGGCAGGUGACAAGGCCGAAGUGUCACAGAAAGGGAGUCUAAGACAGCAGCGGCCAUUUUACAGCAAAACGGCCCGGCGUAAACAGAAGCAACUUGUAACCUUGUGCUCAGUGAUCUGAGACACACACAUUUACAGCGCUGCGUUACACAACUGGUAUUACGUAAUGUCUCGUCACUGGCCCCAUACCGCUGCCUGUGGAGGCUGGCAUCAGGGCCAGCUGAUGCCACAGCAGAUCUGAGGCAGCUGCAGUCGUAGAAGUGCAGACAUGCAGCUCAGCACUGCACCUACAGUGGGUCGCAGGAGGAGAGGAAAUCCGGACAGCCAAGGUCUGCUAGGUGUGCUGAGUGUGUGUGCUACGUUACUGCAGUUAUGCGCUGGCUGUCCUUCAGAGUGUGUGUGUAACUCACUGGAAGCUAACUGCAGUGGGCGGAGUCUAGUAUCUGUGCCCGCUCUCAUUUCUUUCCCGGAGGGCACACAUACCCUCCUUCUGGCCAAUAACCGCCUCUCCUCUCUUCCCGUCUCUGCCUUCGCCAACCUAAGCACCCUGGAGACACUCGACCUGUCCAAUAACUAUCUGGACAACCUGCCUUCCAGACUGUUCCGUGAGCUGAGUAACCUGAGCGAUUUGAGUUUGCGUAACAACAGCCUGACGGUUUUGGAUCGCGAGUUAUUUCGCGGCCUGACCCUGCUGCGGAGACUGGAUCUGUCUCUGAACGGCUUGGCCGCUGUGCCGCUGGGCCUGCUGGAUGAGCUGCAAGGGCUGACCUGGCUCUCCUUGGCUGGGAACAGACUUCACGCCCUAGAGAGAGCCACGUUUGAGCCUCUCGUCAACCUUCAGCACCUGGAGCUGGGCAUGAACCCUUGGGAGUGUGACUGCAACCUGAGGGACUUCAAACACUGGAUGGAGUGGCUAAUAUAUCGAGGCGGUUAUGUCGAUGCCGUUGAGUGUACACUUCCGAAGGACUUAAGGGGUCGUGACAUCAGGGGCGUUCCUGUGGAGAUGUUCAACUACUGUCUGCAAUUGGAAGAUGAGAAUGGAGGUGGGGCUGGGAGCACGAAGGGUGGAUCUCCACCUUGUUUUCGAGGGACAGCCGCUCCGUCAUCUGAAGGUGCAGUGGUGCGUACGGAGGCGGAGCUACCAGACUGUGUGAAGCAGCGUUAUCGGCCAGUCAGUGUUCGCAAGGCGAUCGGUACAGUAGUGAUCGCUGGUGUGGUCUGUGGAAUUGUGUGUAUUAUGAUGGUGGCCGCCGCAGCGUAUGGCUGCAUUUACGCCUCUCUAAUGGCAAAAUACCAACGAGAGCUAAAGAAGAGGCAGCCGUUGAUGGGUGACGCAGAGGCAGAAGCCGACCCGGAGGAGAAACAGAUCUCAUCAGUUGCAUAGGGUAAUGGGGGAGAGGGGUCAGAGUUCAGAGGUCAGCCACAAAUCUAAAGAACCCUUUACUGGUUGAGCUGCACAUUUGAUGAUCAUUUAGCUGACCAGCGGAGGAUUCAUCAUCCCUGUUUCCUGUCUCUCUGUCCUUCCUGAGACCCUCUCUGACUCUCAGACUUACACUUUACUCUAUCUCUAAACUUUGGCCUAUGACCUUUGACCUAUUUGCCCCAGGACAAGAGGGACCACUCAGCACUUUAGAACUCCCCCACCCUCCUCCAAUGUUGAGAGGAUCUCAGCAGAGGAGGUGUGGAUGCAACUGUUCACAGUUCUGAACCCUGAUGUUUCUAGAGGAUCUUGUGCUGUCAUUAGCAUUAGCCUCUGUAGCAGCCUAAUCAUCAACCCAAACCUCCAAAUCAUACCUCUAAUCCAGACCUUUAACUCUAAUCCCAACCUCUCAAAACUAACCCAAGCCCUCAGCUCUAAUCCCAUCCCUUCAAUAUUAACACCAACCCCUACCAUAACCAUACCUCUAACACAGUCUACACCGGGUCGCAAAUGCAAGCGGGACAUCACAUCAAAAGCCAAUAACACUCAUUAUAAUAAAUGCUGUCUACAAUGGAUACUUUCUGAUGCAUUGCACCAUAUAUUGAUGGCCCAAUUUCUGACAUACUACAUGGGCUUGUCCAACUUUUGACAAAAUGACAAAUUGAUUUGAAAUGUUGACUUGACAGUGUUCCAUGUAGACAGCCUUAAUCUCGUGUCAACCAUUGUGCUCGGUGUAGAAAUGGUGUAAUCAAAAACGUCCAACUCUACUACCGAUCCUAACCUUAAAAAUCCAGCUCUACUCCCAAACUUUAAUUCAAAAUGUACAACAGAAAUCCUGAAUUUACCACAAACCUCCAUCCCUAAUCUAAACCCCCAACCCUAAAGGUCCAACAGUAACCCCUAUCCCUACCAUAAACCUCCAUCAUGAAUCCUAACCCCCAAGCCUCCAGCGCUAAAUCUCCAACAUAAAUCCAUACCCCUUACCAUAAGCCUCCAUCAUCAAUCCUAUCCCUCAACUCUACCCCAACCUUCAAAUCCUAACCCUGUAAUGCUUACCAUAAACUAACCAUAACUUACAAUUUCAACCCUAAGCCUCCGGCACUAAUCUUAACCCCCAACCCUAAACCUUUUACACGAAUCCCUACCCUUACCAACAACCAUUUAACAACUACAAAAUGCCAAUGAUAAUCACUGCUCUUACCAUAAAUCUCCAUCACUAAUACGAACCCCAUAACUCUAACCCUCCAUCACCCAUCCAAACAUCCAACACGAACCCUAGCUCUCCUCCCAACCCAAACAUUAAUACUAACUCUCCCCCUCCAACCUUAAUUGUAACCCAUACCCCUACCCAGUGUGAACUUGACAUCAUAACCCCCACAUAUCAUAUUUGAAAUAAUCCCACCUUAUUUAUCAGCUAUAAUAUAUUCUAUACAAUGUGACGUGACCCCAGUUUUAUGUUUUUACGUGUGAGGUUUGUCUUUUGUAUUGUGUGAUAAUUUGUGUUGAUAACAUUGUUUUGUUCGUUUACUGUUUGCUAUUUCUCCACGUUCAUCUCUAGAGGUCAGACGUGUUUUUGUAAGACUAGAAGAAUCCAGCCCUGGUGUCUAUCGUGAAGUGUCUUGAAGUAUCGUGAAGUGCUAAUGUAGAGCAGGCUGAGGACUCUGUGAUGUUAGUGGAGGGUGGCAGAUCGUGGCUAUUGGAGCUGUUAAUUAUACCUUGGUGGCUAAAGAAGCACAGUGGCCCUACAGGAUAGCUGCCCUCUAAACAAAACCAGAACGACAAUAGCUGAGGAGGAAAUAAACCUUACCUUUAUUAAGAUAGACUUUUCUGUGCAAUAUAAAUCAAUGUCUUUGUUGAUCUGUCGUUUAAUUCUGGACUAGGACGUCAUAUCUGAUUUAGUCUGAUCUUUUCUCUUGGGCUGGCGACGGAGGAGAAUCGAUUGCGCCUGUGUGAUCAAUUUUCUGCUUGUGGACCAAUUUGCAUAAUCCGCUUUUCCUUGAGGGCAGAAGUUGUUUAGACUAAAUAAUUCAGAUAAAUUUCACUCGGGCUUUCGGAAGCCCGCAUAUAUUAUCAAUAUAAGCUUUUCUGAAGCAACGAAAAAGGGAAAGGCUGCGAAAAACUAGCCGCACACUGAUAACAUGAACCAACGUACUCAUUUCCUCAGUAUUACUGAACAUUUAGAGAAUAUAGCGUUGCUAGUACGUCGCCGUUGGGUGUCUUGCACAAUGCUGCCAUCUAUAGGAAGGAUGUGCAGUGAGGCACAAGGGUGUGGAGCAAAUAUCGCACCACCUCAUCAGGAUUUAGGAGAUGCUCUUCCGCUGUAACUAUAGCAACAAUCUUUCCCACACACUAUUCAUUACCAAUGCAAAUUACUGGUAAGGUUGCUGGCAAAAAGUUGUAAAUCAAAGUACAACUAAUUUGUGUGCUAUACCCACACCAGCAGUUAAGCGUCUAGGGCUUUGUCUCUGUGUUCGGUGAUAUUUGCAGCCAUAAGCUGAGUAUAUAUAUACAUAUAUAUAUAUAUAAGUACAGAUAUACAUGUAUUCAAAAGUAUGUUGAAUAUAUGUAUAUAUAUAUUUUAAUCUGUGUCUUACAAAUUAUUUAUGAACAAUAACUUGAUUGCAAAAACUGAUUAUACUUUUCCCUGUGUUUCCUGUGCAAACUCCUUUUGGAGAGGAACUCUUAAAAAUCCUCCGUCAGAGAAUUCAGAGAAAACCGGUGAAUUAUUAACGAGAGGAGUUUCGUCUAAUGGUCGCGGUCUCUCCUGCCAUUACUGUUCAUUUAGCUCUUAUUUUAUACAGCAUGUGUCAAAAGGCCUGUACUCUGCACGGGGCGACAAAACACAUACCCUGUAUCCUCUGUUAUGAGAAGAAAAAAAAAGACAAAAAAAAGACAAAAGCACUUUUGCCACUGGUGGACUAAUACUUUCCUGUCAAAUUGCACUUAUUGCGAAUAUUCUCAAAAGUGAGCACAUGCUUGUUUAUUGACAAUGUCAGCAAUGCGCUUAAUCUGAAUAUAACCCGACAGAGAAGUCGUGAUGUAACGUCAGUGAAUAUGAAGGGUGGUUUAUAAAUGACUCAGCUGGGGUGUGUUUACUCUCUGUCCUGGCCUUACACGUAAGAGCAGGGACACCACACAAACUUCACUACACACCCUCGCUAAACAAAGGCUUUGUAAAUCCCGGUUGAUGGAUGAAAGAAAAGGAUCUGCCCAUUUGACUGAGCUGAAAGCAUCUUCAAGAUCUUUAUGAAGUUCUGGUUUAAUAUCUUAUAGCUUAUAUCGAUGUGACCCUUUCUUCACUUGACCUUUUUUCUAAGACUGAUAUGAGAUCCUUCUUUAUAUUUUCGCUUGAUAAAAAUCAGUUUGAAAUAUGAUUUGUGAGCUGUGAUAUAAUUCUGUGUUAAAAAUGAAUAAAGAAUGUAUUUCCGUAA